AUGGAUUCUGACAAUAGUUUCGGAGGCGAGUUUCUUCAGCGUUUGCGAUAUUCUGCUGACCCAAAUAGCGAAACCUUUUUUGAAUGGAGUGGUUCAGUCUUCGCCUUUCUACCGAACCAGCCCCCAAAAAAAAUAUUCGAAUGUGUGGGUAUGAACGUAUCAAAAGCAAUUCAUAGUAAAGAGCAAAGUCCAAAAGAUGUCCUCGAAGUAACGGGUCGAGAGUUGACCUAUUAUCUUGACCCAAUCACUCGCAAGAAGUUGACACAUUGGGUUAAUCCGUGGACAAAUGAGUGCCUCCCAGUUGUUCAUAUUGCCAAUAAUCCGGUUCAGAUGGCUCUUCCCUGGGCCAUAAAACUCGAGCCAAAACAUAAUUUUUUGGGAACCUCUACUACAUUUACUACUGAGAUCCCAUUGUUUUAUCCUAAUCCAUUAUCCACGAAAGAUAAGAAAUUCAAUCCAUAUGACAGCCGAAAUAUGUACCAAGCUGGUGAAUUCUUUACAUUCACAUGUCCUACAAAGGAGCUAAAUGAAACAACUAUUGAUGAUGUACAAGUCAAUUGGACUCGGAUAUCUUUAUUCCCACCUUUUAUGAAGAUGGGUACAUCAGAAGGAUAUCUUAUUUACCACUGUACAGGUAGCAAAUUGCCGCAUGGCUCAACGUAUAAAGAUUUGGGACCACUUUUAGUUGAAGAAAUCGAGAAGAAAAUGAACGCAUAUUCUCAUUCACCAGCUGCUUAUGAUCCUAUGAUAAAGAGUGUGUCUAGCUGGACAUAUUUUAAGGAUAAUUUUGAAACGUAUAAAAACGAUCAGGAAAUAGAAUGGCCUUUGCCAAACUAA